GCUGGGAGCUGUAGUUCUUCAGUCUGAGGUAGCCAGGCAAGAUCCGUUUAGCCGCCUAAUUAAGGGACCGACGUUCCAACUCGCUUCGCUGAAGUAACCAUGGCGGCGACGGCUGUGUCGCCGGGUUUAGGAGACCAUUGGUGGGCCGAACUGCCUCGCCAUGCCGUGCUGAAUCGCCUGAAGGAGCAAGCCUCUGAAGCCGGGCCGGAGACGGAGCAAACCAGGCCAGCCCUCCCGAGGGAUCUGAUGUUUGGCAUCGGCGGAGAACUCUUCCUGUGGGACCGAGAACGUGCCGCCUUCUGCGUCCUCAGCCUGAGGCACCUUGGCGACGACCCGGACAGCUUGGCCUCAUACCAGAUUCUUCUCUGCAUAAAUUCACCCUUCUUUGAAGUGUAUCAAACUGUUUUAAGUCCUUUGCAACAGCAUGUAGCUCUCAUAGGAACAAAAGGAUUAAUGGUGUUGGAGUUACCUAAACGUUGGGGAAAGAAUUCUGAAUUUGAAGGUGGAAAACCAACCAUUAAUUGUAGCACUAUACCUAUUGCUGAAAGGUUCUUCACCAGUUCAUCAUCUCUGACCCUAAAGCAUGCUGCUUGGUACCCCAGUGAGACUCUGGAGCCUCAUGUUGUGCUAUUAACAUCCGACAACACAAUAAGAAUUUAUAGUUUGAGUUCACCCCAGACACCUGUGAAAAUGAUAACUCUUUCAGAUGCUGAUGAGGAAACAUUGAGACUUAAUAAGGGGAGAACAUAUACAGCAUUGAUAGGAGAGACUGCAGUGGCAUUUGACUUUGGACCUCUAGCGGUACUUCCUAAGAAUGUAACUGGACAGAGACAGAAAGAGGAUGUGCUGGCAUAUCCUAUGUAUAUCCUGUAUGAAAAUGGAGAGACGUUUCUGAUCUACAUUAAUCUCUUGCACAGCACCAGUAAUCUUGGCAAGCUGCUGGGCCCAUUGCCGAUGUAUCCUGCAGCUGAAGACAAUUAUGGCUACGAUGCUUGUGCAGUUCUCUGCCUUCCCUGUGUUCCUAACAUCUUAGUGAUUGCUACUGAAUCGGGGAUGCUUUAUCAUUGUGUGGUACUAGAGGGAGAAGAAGAUGAUGAACAGAUGUCUGUCAAGUCUUGGGAUUCCCGAGCUGACCUCAUUCCAUCACUCUAUGUGUUUGAGUGUGUUGAAUUGGAACUUGCUCUGAGACUAGCUUCCAGAGAAGGAGAAGAACCUAUAGAAUCAGAUUUCUCCUGUCCAAUGAAAUUGCACAGAGAUCCCAAAUGCUCUUCUCGCUACCACUGCACACAUGAUGCUGGUGUACAUAGUAUUGGACUCCCCUGGAUCAACAAACUACACAAAUUCCUUGGUUCUGAUGAAGAAGACAAAGACAGUUUGCAAGAGCUUGGGGCAAAUCAGAAGUGCUUUGUGGAGCAUAUCCUGUGUACCAAGCCUCUACCCUGCAGACAACCUGCUGCAAUUAGAGGGUUCUGGAUUGUCUCGGAUAUUCUGGGCCCGACAAUGGUUUGCAUCACCAGGACCUAUGAAUGCAUUACCAGGCCUCUUCUUUCCACAGUCCACCCAACGUGCCCUCCACUUCUGUGCACCAAGGAAGAGCCACAGACGUCUACCACACCUCUCCGCAUCCUAGCUGAAUCACAGGACUCCUUUGAGAGACAUAUCCGGAACAUCUUGUGUCGCACCUCUGCAAAUCCAUUGUUGCUGAAAGCUGCAGAUAAAGAGUCUUCCCCUCCCCCAGAAGAAUGCCUUCAGCUUCUAAGCAGAGCCACACAAGUUUUCCGGGAAGAAUAUAUUCUAAAACAGGACCUGGCUCGAGAAGAAAUCCAGCGAAGAGUAAAAUUGCUGCGUGAACAGAAAAAAAAACAGCUGGAGGAUCUACUCUGCUGUGGAGAAGAAAGGAAAAACUUGAGGGAGAUGGCAGAGCGUUUGGCUGAUAAAUAUGAAGAAGCCAAAGAGAAACAAGAGGAUAUUGUGAACAGGAUGAAGAAAGUUCUCCGUAAUUUCCACUCACAGCUGCCUGUCCUGUCUGAUAGUGAAAAGGAUAUGAAGAAGGAGCUACAAACAAUACAAGAACAACUGCGGCAUUUAGGCAAUGCUAUCAAGCAGGUUAAAAUGAAAAAGGAUUAUCAGCAGAAAAAAAUGGAGAAGGGAAAUAGUCCACAGAAGCCGAGCAUCAACCUCAGCACCAAUCAGAGGAAAUGUAUCCAAGCUGUUCUGAAAGAGGAGGGAGAACACAUUCAGGAGAUGGUGAAACAAAUAAAUGACAUCAGGAAUCAUGUCACCUUUUAGUCAUCAGACUAAAGACUUACAUUUUUGGAAUAUUAAACGUAACCAGCUGCCUUUUUCCUAAUUUAUAAACGGAACUAUUUUUUUACAAAAAGAGCCACUAUUAAAUACUCGUUAGAGGAUGCAUCUGAUUAUAAUGCAUGUUGCAGCAUUCUACAGAAGGCAUAAUGCUAAAGACAUUUCACUUCUGCCCUUUUGAUACUUCGUGGAGAAAAAGUAAGGGAAUUUUGUACUUCCUGUGUCUUCAACUUAAAUAUAUGUUAACACACUGUUCAUUUCAAAAUAAAAAUCAAUACAACCACUGUACCAAAUCUUUCCAUAUAGAUCAUCUUCUGAGCUAACUGUAUAAACCCUUCUUAGAUCAACACAAUACAUUUAAAUAGAAAGAAGGUAUGAAAAGAAUUGCAAGACUUUUCUCCUUUAAUUUGGAACACUUUUGCAGGAUACACUUCCAAUUACAGUUAACAAAUGGUUACAUUUUUUUAAUUCAAUAGACAGGAUAAUUUUACAUCCACAGUUUCACAGGACACCAGUGGCUUUUGCUGGAAUGCAAUAUAAUUCCAAAAGUGGAAUUUGAAGGUUAGUUUUUUUUAAAGUAAGGGGCUUUAUAGAUUACUUACCCAUCUCCCACCCUUAUUCUUGUCCACACAGUGUUGUUAGAAGCUAUAUAGUUAUGCCAUAGGAGAUACAGAAGUGAAAGUAAACCAUUUGACAUGUUGGAAGAACAUGUUGUGAACAUAUUAAGACUGUACAAGUCUUCCAGUAAUUCUUUGACCUUUUAGUAUACAUUUUGCAUACAAAAGGACUGUACAAUAUACAGAACAGAGCUAACCUUACUGUUCUUUCCUCUCAUUUUGCACACAAUUCCUGUUUAAAUCAGUACUGGUCACUGCAUAAUACCUAUUAGUAGUAGCUAAGCCUUUGAAUGAGAGAACUGAAAACUAAUGGCAUAAAUCAA